AUCUGCAUGCUAUUCGGGGAACAAAACUGGUGGGUCAUAAUUAAGGUAGCAAACUUCCUGGAGUUGCUUGCCUGUAAGAACUGUGGGGGGGGAAACAAAAGUAUAUAAUGGAAGAAGUCUCAGAGUCGUCAUUUUAAAGUUAUGUCCGGGAGUCAAAUCGAUUCUCUGAGUUUUAAAUGUUGAGGAAAUCAAUCACCCAAUGUCUCGAGCCACUAGUACCGGUGGGGUGCACCGCAGUCUACCGCGGCGACGGCCUGCCAUACCAGGCCACCAAGCGGCCUAGUGUCAUAUAUAGCUAGCUAACUUGCCGAAUUACUUUAGUCAACAAACGUCGUUGGCGUACAUGAUAUGGCAAUUGAAAAUGUAUGUAUUCAAAUUGUUCGCUAACUAGUUAGCCAGUCGUCGUCUUUUUAGGUAACGUUAGUAAACUGCCUUAGCUAGUUAACUAGCUACAGUAGCUAGCUCAGUUAGCUACCAGCUGGCUGUGUAUGAUUGUACUGAGCUGGCUAUCUAGCCAGCUAACACAGUUUAUGAGCUCCAGUUUUUAAAGUGUAUUUAUUUCCGUGUUGGGUCCGCCAGUGUCUUGGCAAGUUAUGUCAUGCAAUAUUAUUUUUUAGCUGUUUCUUCGAGUGCGCGUGUUAUGCAUGUUUUAGCUAUUUAUUUAUUUGAUUUUAGAACAUCUUGGUUUUAAUGAGUAACGUUAGUUAGCUAGUUAGCGAUGUCUUCCGCCGAUAUGCUCGAAACGCCACCUGGAUAUCCCUUUGAAGAAAUAGAUUAUGUGGAUAUUGAAGUUGAGGAGGUCGUGGGGAGAGGCGCUUUUGGUGUUGUCUGCAAGGCCAAAUGGAAAGGCAAAGACGUCGCAAUCAAGACAAUAGAGAGUGAAUCUGAAAGGAAAGCAUUCAUAGUUGAGCUGCGGCAACUUUCACGUGUGAAUCACCCCAACAUUGUGAAGUUGUAUGGCUCAUGCAAUAGUCCAGUCUGCUUGGUGAUGGAAUAUGCUGAAGGGGGGUCCCUGUACAAUGUGCUGCAUGGUGCUGAACCCCUCCCCUGUUACACUGCCUCCCAUGCCAUGAGCUGGUGUUUUCAGUGUUCCCAAGGGGUCGCCUAUCUCCAUGGCAUGAAACCAAAGGCUCUCAUUCACAGGGACCUCAAACCACCCAAUCUGCUCCUUGUUGCCGGUGGCACCGUGCUGAAGAUAUGUGACUUUGGAACCGCGUGCGACAUACAGACCCACAUGACCAACAACAAGGGAAGUGCAGCUUGGAUGGCCCCUGAGGUGUUUGAAGGCAGCAAUUACAGUGAGAAGUGUGAUGUGUUCAGCUGGGGAAUCAUUCUCUGGGAGGUGAUCACGCGCCGGAAGCCCUUUGACGAGAUCGGUGGGCCGGCCUUCCGCAUCAUGUGGGCGGUGCACAACGGCACCCGGCCACCGCUCAUCAAGAGCCUUCCCAAGCCCAUCGAGAGCCUGAUGACCCGCUGCUGGUCCAAAGACCCCUCCCAGAGGCCCUCCAUGGAGGAGAUAGUCAAGAUCAUGACCCAUCUUAUGAGGUGCUUCCCAGGAUCUGAUGAACCCUUGCAAUACCCUUACCAGUAUUCAGAUGAAGGACAGAGUAACUCGGCCUCCAGCACAGGUUCCUAUGUGGAUUGCACUAGCAGCAAGAGUGACACAAACAUGGAGCAUGGGUACUCUCAAGGGAGCAACGACACAAUCAAGAUCAAACCUCAGUUUGCACAUCAGUUCAGGCCAAAGGGAGACCCAUUGCGAAGCCUGCCUCUGUCCAGAGGGGGCAGUGUUGAGAGCCUGUCGGGGCGAACCCACAGCCUGGUGGCCUCCGAGAGCAAAAGAAUGAGCGCAGACCUGUCAGAGCUGGAGCACAGGGUGCCUUUCGCUGCUGCAGCACGUCCCCAGUAUAAACGAGGCCACCGUAAAACGGCGUCAUUUGGCACCAUUCUGGACGUUCCCAAGAUCGUCUUCACAGCCUCCUGUGAGGCGCAGAGGCGUAGAUCUGUACAGGACCUCCCGGGGAUCUGCACAGAGUCCAGCCAGGGGAGUAGGAACAGCAGCAGGUCCUCCAGUCCCAGUGUGAGGAUGAUGCCGCCUGAUAAGACCAACAGCAGAGGGUACAGCUUCUCUCCCGAUGACCCCACAGGACUUCUGGUGUCUAUUGAUAACUGUGUGCCUGCCCAGUCGACUCAUCUUGCACCGCCUGGGCCUGUGCUGGUGUCACUGUCAGACCAAAAACAAACACAAGUCUUGCUCUCUCCUGCCCAGAUACCAACGGCUCAGACAACUCCAUUCCCAUGGCAUAUCUCACUCUGGACCACCAGCUGCAGCCCCUCGCUCCUUGCCCGAACUCCAAAGAGUCCAUGGCCGUGUUUGAGCAGCACUGUAAAAUGGCCCAGGAGUACCUGAAAGUGCAGACAGAAAUCGCCUUACUGAUCCAGAGAAGGAAAGAGUUGAUCGCUGAACUGGACCAAGACGAGAAGGACCAGCAGAACACGUCCCGCCUGGUCCAGGAGCACAAGAAGCUGCUGGAGGAGAACAAGUCUCUGUCCACCUACUACCAGAAGUGCAAAAAGCAGCUGGAACUGAUCCGUGCCCAGCAACAGAAGAGACAGGGCACCUCGUGAUGGGCCACGAGCUGGCCGCCACCUGGAUCAUGCUGCAGAGACACACAAACAAAGUGUCCCCAUGUCAUAUCCCCUGUUCUCCUCUCCUGCUUCUGCUCUGUCCGGGGUCACCUGUAGUCUAGUCUGAAACCCAGACCCUACCUUCAGAAGAAUUGACACUAUCUCCUCCUCCUCCCUCUGCCCCAUGACAACUAUGAUCUCAACCUAGGUGCCCACGCCUUCACCCUGUAGGUUCCAGUGAGUGGAUCUUGUUUUACCUUGUACUGUAAAGAGACCUGUGUUUUACUGUGUACCUGCAUGUUGCGUUAUAGACACACCCUGCUGAUAACAUGGAGCGGAAUAUGAGGUGUGCACUCAAUCAAGCUGUUAUGGAAUGUCUCUCGCACAUCUUUACAGUAUAUUCUUUGAUAGCAGGCCAAAACAAUCAGCAUGCAUCUGCUCUCUCUGCCCAUAAAGAGGUUGGAGUCCUGGGGUUGCCUGUCCUGGGUUCAGUGAACACACUGGGCAGAGAGGUGGGCUUCUAGGCAUCGAUUGUCAGCCAUCCUUUUAGUCAGGAAGCAAUGCUUCUUGAGGUGUGUGAGCGUAGUACAGUAACUGCUGCUGCUUCUUGAAGUAUGUGAGUACAGUAACUGCUGAGCCUGAUUGGAGAGGGAGGCCAGUGAGGGGUGUGAAAUGUGUUUGUCUCUAUUGCUCUCAGGGCCCCUCGGACCCUCCCCUGGGCUGCCUGGUCAGUGUGUGUCCACCCCUCCUCCCAUUGGUUAGUUUUACCCUGACCUGUCCUCCUAACUGGCCAAUGGCCAUGUGUCCUUGAGAAUGUGAAAAACAGACGGUGUAGACAAAAAGUGUGAAUUAUGUGCAGAAGUUGGUGUUUUAAUGAAUUAUGACCAGAAUCUAUUUGACUUAUCUUUAAGUGUUUUUUUGUGUUUUUUUUUACCCUUUAAUGCAAAAAUAGCCACCCUUUUGGGGGGGGGUGAGCACAACCCCUUACAAAAGAAAUCCACCACAACCUAUCUGAAAGUAUUUAAUGUAUGUUCUAUUUAUUUUACCGGGUGAUGUAUUUUACAUAUGCCUUGCACAUCCAUGAUGUCUUUGAUAAAAAAGGAAGGACUUGGCUUGUCACAAGUACCUGGAUCGAAACAUGGAUUGAGCCUCAAACAGAGAUUAAAUAUUGAUAGUCUGCUUUCAACAACCACAAGCAAAGACGACAGACUUCUUUUCUCAACCUGUUUAAUUAAAAUAAACUAUUUACGAGGUUCAAAGUGCAACAUGUUUAUCAUGACUUCAUUUUGUUUCCUUUUGUUUUUUUCCUAUCCAUUUUGGUGUUAGGAAUUAUACUUUUAUCUGGUAUGGGAAUGCAGAGAUGUACAAGAGGCCUAUCCUUCGCCUUUAUGUAUUUUGUUUUUAGUUCACAUGUUGCCUUAGAAUUUGAUUGCUAGAUUUUAAAGUAUUUGACUCAUUUUUUCAUUCCUUUUUUUGCGGGAUUCACUUACGCCUCAUUUGAAUGUAAUGGACAGUCAGUCAGUGAGAAAGGUAUGACUUUUGUUUUGAGGGAGAAUUGUAUAUUAUGCCAAUGGUUUACCAGGAGGCUGAUUGUCUGGUCAAAUGAAUGAUGUCAAUAGGCUGCAAAAUAAAUCAUGAUAUCUGUCA